AUGAGUGCCGUCACCAAGGAGGGCAUGAAUGAGGACUUUGAGGUGAUGCUGAAGCAGUUCUACCACGAGCAUGCACCCGAUCCAGAGCUCCUGCCAUAUUACACAAUGGAUGUGUGGAUCCACCUCCACCUCUCUGCAGGAGGCAUGAUCGUGCUGCCCGCCAGUAUCCACCACCGCUUCUCCAUUGACAAGGAUAACAAGUCUCAAGUCUCGCACCGUGAUGAGCCCAAGUGGAGGGCGUACAAUUGCAGCAGGGACACCAGAUGUAACUCGUACAGGCAGGACCACCUCAAGGGCAUCCAGAAUGUCACAGUCAGUGCUUAA